AUGGACAAACUAUUCUCCAAAAAUAAAUCCCUCCAGCCCGUCUACACCUUUACCCUCGACAGCUCGGCGGAGACAAUCACCUGCGCAGACAGACCAGUCUUCCAGCUUGCGACCCAGAAAUCAAAACCACAUCUCACCGUCUCGCGUCUCCCACCGCCAGGGCCAUGGUCUCCAGCGCCUAUCCCCAUCGGAACCUGCACCGUCCACAAGUUCCCCUCUAGCAAGGUGGACAUCACACUUCACGGGCACGAAUUCCUGCUCAAGCGCGAUCUCCUCAAGAGCGAUAAUCACCACUUCGAUUACCCGCCUCUAGGGCACUUCAAAUGGAAGCCAGAUGCAUGGGGAGGGAGUAAGCUGGAGCUGUUUGACAGUGAGCGGCGGUUGUUGGCGAGAUACCACAAGAAGCUAUCUUUGAAAGGGCAGGGGCAGCAGAUUGAAGUGUUUAUGCAAGGGGACGAGCGGUUCGUGGAGAUGGUAGUUGUGACGGCGCUGGCGAUGAGGCAUUAUAUUGAGGUGGAGAAUAAGGAUAUUAAGAAGGUGACCGACAUUCUUGAUGCUGUGGCGGGGGGUUAG